GUGUGUGUGUGUGUGUGUGUGUGUGUGUGUGUGUGCAUGCGAUCCUGUGUCUUCAUGUGCGUAUGCUUGCGCACAUUUGUCGCUAGGGGCUGGAUGCUGAAAAAAAAAUUUGCUCCUGCGAAUGAGGGAAUAUUCCGGGCUGUCAUGUGACUUUGUGAUGUCAGAGAGAGAAAGAGAGAGAGAGAGAUAGAGAAAGAGAGAGGGAGAGCAAGGUGCAAUUUAGCCCCACAGCUGAUCCGUGCAGUGCUCAGAGAGAAGCCGACGCGAACAGACACACACACUCACUCUCACACGCACUUCUUUUGCCUCGCCUGUAAACGCGCACACACACGCAUACACACAUACAGUUCACACACAUUUGCACAUUUACACACACACAUACACACACACACACACACACACACACACACACUCAAACACACACACAUACAUACACACACAUGCACACACAACUCUGAGCUAUCACUUAAAGGAUACAUUGCCUCCUCUACUUUCCAAGCUCAUAACACUGUGGAGACUGUGGACAUCUUUGCCUCCUGGACAAGAAUAAAAAACGACAGAGAAAAGAGCAGGAGACAGGAGGAACAAACUGGAGACAGAGAGAAGAAAGAGCUAACUCCUCAAAAAAAAAGACAAGAAAAGGAGAAAAAAGGAGAGAGAAAAAAGCCAGAAAAAGAGCAAUUCAAGAAGACCUGACAGCAUAGCAGGAGAAUGUCCUUCCUGUCUGGCUCGCCCUGGCAGCCUGGCAUUAUUAGUGGCAGCAGCGGGUACGGACAACCUUCCAGUGGGCAUCAACGGCAGCAGCAGCAGCCGCAGCAGCAGCAGCACAAACCUCCCAGUGCCCUCUCUGGUGCCAACAUCCCCGCGGUCCUGGCCUCCUCUCCGCUGUCACCCUCCAGCCUGGCCUCAGCCCAGCACAGUGACUGGCAGUGCCAAGGCCAGAUGGCACCGGGGGGGCAGGUUACCGCUGCCUCUGCCGCCGUCGCCGCCACCACCGCCACCCAGGGGGGGUCCAAAAUAACUUUGACAGCAGAUGAGGUAAAAUUAGGGAGAAGCAGGACUGAGGGGGCGUCGUCUGGGACGGCUGCAGCAGAGGCACCAGCAACGCCGACCUUCAGGAUGCCAGCACUGAAGAUAGAGGAUGAGGGGUCCAGAAGGGGGAGGCUGAGAGAGGACGAACACAGACUGGGAGGGGCAGAGGGGUCAUUAGGGAGCGCAGGACAAAGCCCCAGCAGUCCCCUGUCCUCCUAUUCCUCCCCUUCAUCCUCAUUACCCUCCCCUUCUAUCUCACCAGGGAGAUCCUUUCUGAAUUCAGCACUAGACCCUAAACCCGCAGCGAACCCGAACUUUGGACAAAAUAAUCUGCAACAACAUCACGCAGACAGCAAAGAUGGAUUUUACGUCCAGGGAUUUCAAGCGUCUUCCCGAGGCCAGUGUUUGCUUCCUCCACCAAAACAGGCCUCAGGGCUCGGGGAGAGAAACACACUGAACCCUUUAAAUCCAGGAAAUAAAGGGGAUGAGAGGAAAACCGUUAGUUCUUCCGCAUCUGGUGGCCUCCUCGGAAGUGUGAAAGAAAAGUCAAUAGCCGGUCUAACAGGAAAUCUAACUCUGAAGCCGUCUUCAAGUGUUGAUACACAACCUGCGAGUACUGCUCCUUCUGCUGCUGAGUUAACAGGGGAUAGAGCCGGCGCCCCUGCAGGGCCCGCAGCAGGGCCCGCAGCAGGCUCCCCACCAGCUGCAGCUAGCGGAGCUAAUGCUGGCGUAGGGGAGAGCGGUAUGGAGAGAGAAAGCUUCAGUCAUACUGAAACGAGGCGGACAGGGCCGUGUACUCCACCCAGUAGAGGCAAAAUGGAGAGCGGGGUUACAAUCCGUGGCCAGUCACAGAAUUUAAAUCAGAUGGAGGACGGGAGAAUGAGCUCAUCUGCUACGUCACACAGAGAGACCAAAACUAGCCAUGGCGGCGGCGGCGAGUUGCCACAGCGGACAGCGGUGAGGCGCGCGAUGUCUGACUGUUCACACCUGUCUGUUCCCAUGGUAAUGGCUGGAACGUACCCGACCAGUAUGGGAGGCUCGCCCGGGAUGACGCCCAAUGUGCCGAAUUUCACCCUGAUGGGAGCAGCGUGCCCGCCCAGGGUGCCGUACCCGCACGCCGCCGUCCGACGCUCGCUCACUGUCAUGGACGGUGCAGAAGCCGCUGCGGCGAUGGUGACGAUGAUGUCGUCACGGUUAAUGACGUCGCCCGUAUUGCCGUCGUCCCCGCCGCCAAAGAGGCACCAUGGCAGCUGCGAGACCAGCUUUUUACUUCCUGUUCCACCCCCUGCAGGAACGUCUGUUCACAGCUACCAAGACAGUAAACUGAGCGCAGCGGUGAAAUCUGACAACAAGGAGAAGCAGGAGAAGACAGAGACCCUGUCCGGUAAGACGGAGAAGAUCGACACCUUUGACAAGAAAGAGAAAGAGGAGCAGCAGAAGAAAGACAACGGGUCGGACAAGAACCACAAGUCCGAGAAGAUCCUCAAAGACGAGGACAAGAUGGAGAAGAUGAAUGCGGAGAAAAACAACAAGGCCAACGAGAAGGCGGAGAAGGUGGACAAGCCGGAGAAGACCGACAAAGACGAGAAGAAGGAGGAGGAGAAGAAACUGGCUGAGAAGAAAGAGGAGAAGGGAGGGAAAGGCAACGGCAACGGCAGCAAGACCCUGCCAAGCCCUGACAGCAAGAGCAAGGCUGACCUUGGUCCAGACAAACCAACCUCCACCAAACCACGUCCGUCAUCUCUCUCCACCAAUGGUGAGGCCACCUCGGCCAAACAGCCCUCCCCCUCUACAGCCUCGACCAAUAAAAAAAGCCCUCUACCCAAGGAGACCACACCCACCGCUGCCAAGCGACCACCAACACCUGCUGGCUCCACCAAGACUCCAGAAAAUGGUGAGAAACGCCCAUCGGUUCCAAAGGCCACGCCCACACCACGUCCAGCUGCCAGUAAGAACGGCUCCUCUGCAACUGCUGCAAGCAAAACUGCAGCUAACAAGAACGACAAGGCUGAGAGCAAGACGGGAGAGGCCAAGAAACCCAAGACUGCAGCUCGUCCUCGCCCGGCCUCCACCACCACUCCUGGCACUCCGGCUGCCUCCACUAACGGUGACACCAGCACCAGCCACCGCCGCCGGGUCAUCACCAAACCCCCCGUGCCCAAGCAGACCCCGAUGGAGAAGAAGCCGGCAGUGCCCCGUGCUCAUCGAACCCCCCGGCCUAUCAACGCCCCAACACCGGACCUGAAGAACGUCCGCUCCAAGAUCGGAUCCAUCGACAACAUCAAGUACCAGCCUGGCGGAGGAAAGGUCUCCUCCACCCCGAACAAGACAUCAGACCCCUGUGCCCCUGCGGCCAAGGCCAGAGUUCAGAUAGUGCACAAAAAGUUGGACUUCAGCCAUGUCACGUCUCGCUGUGGCUCCAAGGACAAUAUCAAACAUGUCCCUGGAGGUGGCAAUGUGCAGAUCCUGAGCAAGAAGGUUGAUGUGAGCAAGGUGACCUCCAAGUGCGGCUCCAAGGACAACAUCAAACACAAGCCAGGUGGUGGUGAUGUGAAGAUCGAGUCCCAUAAGCUUAAUAUCAAGGCGAAGUCUAAGAUUGGAUCCAUGGACAACGUGGGGCCGGGCAGCACACAGACCAACGGACACAAGGAUGAGAAAGCAGAGGAGAAGACAUCUUCACCCCCAAGUGGCGCUCCAACAGGACCAGCAGGUGUUGCUAAGGCAACAGCACCAGGAGCUGUUGCUAAGGAGAAUGGGGUGAAGGAGUCCACACCCACUCCCUUUGGGGGAGAUGGACUGAGGGAGCCCCUUAGCAUAGACAAGCGCAUCACUGAGACAAAUUGAGUCCCAGUGACCUGUAGAUUUUGGUGGGACAUGCAUGGCGCUCGCCGACCUGCCAAUCAACAGACCAACCAACCUACCACAGCGCAGUCACUUCCCUCCGGCCCUUCAUCUCGCCCACCGCUGCACCAAACUGAACGAUCGCCUCUCAGUGUUUCUCUCGGGUCUGCUUGCCGGCUUCCUGCUACCAACCCUGACCUUUGACCUCUCGACAUCCUCGGGUUGACCUUUGGCCUUGCCUAUAACAGAGAAGAGCACUUGCUGUUUGUCUGUGUUUCUCUGUGUGGGGUUCCACCAGCUUCAUGGCUGAUAAAAUUCCCUUGUAAGCACUGAUUUAGAGGACACCAUCCCCAAAUCUAACAACCCCAACGCAAUGAACCCACUCUCAUAGUCCAUGCUGUAUUGACUAUAUUGAGCAUAGCCAGAUUUUUCAUAGAAUAAUCACUGUUUAAACACAUGUACUUGUGGCGCAAACACCCUCACAACUCACAACUUUACUCUGGUCCAGCUUUCACAGUUCAAAACCACUUCGAUCUUUCAACCUCAACCUAUGCUAAUGCUACUUUUUGCCCCACCUCCAUUCCCGGCCCGUGCCCUUUUAGCCCUAGACCACACUAACCAGCUGAGGGCUUGGCAGCCAGCAGCGGGGCAAAGACUGUCAAGUCUGCUUUAGAUCAACACAUUCCAGCCUCCCAGCCAACCAGCAAUCAUGUCCAAAUCUACAGUAUCCACAGCACUGCACAGUGUGUCAUUAUAGAUCAUUCAGAUAUUAUCGCCGAUUACUUCUCUUAUCGUAUCAUUUCACCAGUUCGUCUCCUUCACAUUUAUUAUAAUAAUGCUUAUGCAGAGUAGAGUAGAUACAGCUGAAGACAUUUGGAUCUAGAUCUAAAGGCGGAUUUCAAAGUCAGUGCAGAAAGUGAUGGGACGUCAGAUAAUUCCUAUGGUAUGUUUCAAAAAGAGAUGCAUUCAUUGACAGUGACUUUAAAGGCUACAAUAAAGCAGAUGUGUUUGUGAUUAGUGCAUGAUAAUCAUCAAGGAAGGCGUAGAGUGAUCGAGGAUCUCUUUUGCUUCUCUAAGUAGCCUUGGCUCUUAAAAGGAUUUGGCGCUGAUCACAGGUAUUUGAUAUUGAAGUUGAGAUUUUUUAAAGUUAAGAUGACAGUGUUUGACCUUGGAGGAGUGAACACAAAUUCAGGCUGAGGGAGUGAUUCUGAACAGGAGUAUUUAACACUGUAUGAUGAGUGUUAAAUCUUGCAGUUAAACUGCGGAGCUGCUGCACCUUUUAGUCAAGUAAUGUGAAAGCAUUAAUGCAAUAUAUAAAAUAUAUAAUAUCGUAUGUAGCACUUUUCUUCUUGCAGACAGUGUUAACCAUCAUGUCACAAGCUGCUGUUUAAAGGCCAGAGCUCAACACCACUUAAAAAUGGUGAAAUCUAAUGGCAAAAAUCACUUAAUUUCAAUGGAAUCACCAUAAUUAGUGGUUUCUCUCACGGGGGUGAAGUGAAACGGUGCAGAUUUUUCACCUUCAGUGAAACUUUGGUGAAGCCUCAAAUUUGCACCACUGGCCAGUAGAAAGCCUCUAAACAGUGCUGACAUUUGAGGGAUCAGACAGCUGAAGAGUCCAAAAUGGCGAAAGCAAUUUUUUAAAAUCCAUUUUUAUUUAAACCCCUCCUCUCAGAGUAUAAGCUGCUCUACAGAAGAGGUAUGGUCUGCAGAUACUUACGACAGCGGAGUCGAUAGCACUCAUACUUUUGUUUAGACUUUUGUCCUGUUAGCAAAUGUGCUAACAAGCUUGCUAUCUGUUAGCAAGCUUGUUAGCUCGUAGAGCUUUUUUUCCCCUCUUCAAUCACUUUUUAUUGAAUGAAGUGAUGCACAGUCUUGACACAAAAUGCCAGGGAGGUGUAAACAGCACAGUUCAGACAAAAUAAAAGAAAGCUCAGACGGCUGUUGUGCGUGACUAGCACUAGCAUGCUCUCUGCUUUACUAGCCAGCAGUACAGUCGUUUACCAACUAGCCCUGUGAGUAGUCUCUACACCUCCAAGCCUCUAGAAACAGAUAUUUCAGGAGGAGGAAUUUUUUUUUGUGCCACUUUCUGGUUUGAAAGGUCAGGACAGGUAACACAAUAUGUUAAACAUUUGUUCAGACAUCAGGGUAUACCAGUAUAACUCUUUGAUUUACAUCAUUCCUGGUCACAUGGUCUUAGCACAAGUCCACAAACUACUGUGGACAUUUCAGCGCUGCAGCCUCUUUCAGUUCGGGUUGAUGAAAGUAUUUUAAAAAAUGACAACAAAGCACCUUAUACUACAGACCUAUGUCAGUGUGACACUUACAAACCCCUAACCUUUAUCUCUAAAGAAGUUCACACACUCAUAUGCCAUAAACUUUGGGGGCAUUAAAACGUUUAGUCUUUUCAGUAUGUCUAUUUCUGCCACAGCACAGGCAACCCCGUUCUCCCUCAUCAUAAUACUUUGGUUCCUACACUGUCUAAUCUCUCUGACAGCAAUACAGUGAUACCACACCUCCCAUGCAUCCUUCAGUCCCACUCAUACCCCUGAACUCCUCUGUGAGGGCUCCCAGCAGUCCCCCUGAGCAGUGUCUAGCAUUUACAGUCCACAUGUGGCUAUUACAGACAGACAGACGGACAGACAGACAGCACCUUCCUCCUCUCGCGCAUGUGGCAUUUCCUGGUCCUUUGAUUCGUCCCGGUGGAGAGGGGUGGGGCUACAGAGCCACCCCCUGUUUGGAGUCCUCCCACUAGCCGGUGCGUCGUAGAAUCCUCUCUGUGAAACCUGCUAACUUUCUUCACACAAACACACAUACAAAUAAGCACAGAUCUAUACAGGAAAGCACACACAUGCUUGUCGGUGUGCAUGCACACAUAUACACACGCACACAUACACACAAACAGAAAUCAGCACAUAUACACAAAUACAGUAUGAUACAAACACAAAUCAGCACCCAAAAAUGCUGCUCAUACAAGCAUUUCUCUGUUGUAGAAUGAAACCAACUCUUUAUUGUGUUUUGGUGGUCUAUGCUGAUAUCGUUAAAACAAUGAUGAGCUGUGUUGGUGUGUUGUUCCUGUCAUAGUCAUUGUCGGACAUUUGCAUCAUAGGCUCACCUCGUCCUGCCUCAUUCUUGUCUACUUCCUCUCCCAGUGUUCCACUCCAACUCUCUGACAGCAAUACAGUGAUCUUAGUUGGGAACGCUCCCUGUUGCCCGUGCAUACACACAAGGGACAGACAGACAGUGAACGACCGCAGAGGUUAACAGGGUGGGAGAGCAGCAAGAUCACCUGCAGGACGAGCUGUCAGUUUAAGAGAGUAAUGUUGUUACAUUCAUGGCAAGUCUGAAGUUGGACUAUCCCUUGCAACUUUUAAGUGAUUUACUGAUUUAUUUUCUAGUAGAACCUGCUGAGAACUGCUACCAGGCCAUUUCAGGUGACUAAUGCACAGCAGUUUCUAAAUAGAUGGACGUAAAUAGCUUUAUAAACACUGUUUUAUUCAGUUUUUUAUUUUUACUUUUUAGUUUAGCAUUUUCUUGGUUUUUUUUGUAUGAUAUCACUGGGUACACAAAAAUAUUAGAAAUAAAUUUCUAAAUAUCAAAGUUUUCUAAAAUUCAGAAAGAAAAACAUAUUAUUAAAAAUGAUUCUACUACACUGGAAACAGCUCUGAAAUGCCAUGAAUGCAGCAGGAUUUCAGUAAGAACCGAGAAAGGCCUGUAAAUACUGCAGCUGGGACCAUCCAGAGGUUUUUGAAGUUGUCUUUCUAAGUGAACAAGUCUGUCCUUGGCAAAUAGAGAUCCACAUUUUAAGUGAUAGGACUCAUAGCACACUCAUUUUUAAAGAAAAUCUAAGUCAAUGGUUGAUGAGAAAUAAGCCUAAAGUUGUAGGGAAUGUUAUUUUUGCUCAGUUUCCAUGAUUGUUAAAUGUCUUAAAUGAUCUACUAUGGAGAAAAGAGAUGACUCUCUUUUUUUUCUUAUUUUUUUGGCUUGUAUUAUUUUAAGAAGUCACCUAAAUUGAGUUUUUUCCAUUUUAGAUUCUACGAAAACAACACUGUGAUGUGACUUUGAUUCACGGACCAGGAGCAUUGUUAUGUGUCGCGCCAGUAAAAUGAGUAGAAGCAGCCAUGUUAAAGGAGACAACGCUGUCUCCUUUAGAGCUCACUGUAAUUCUGUGCAUUAAGCAUUAGAGGCUGGGAUUGUGAACUAUGAAGGAUUAGUGACAUGUUUGUGGCGUGUUGCUGUACUUGUUCUUCAGAUGUGUGAACUGUUACUACUGCAUCCAUCCUGUAGAGAGUGUUGCUUAGCCUCUGGAAACACUGAUAGUCCAGCUCUGAGACUGACUGAGAAACCUAUAACAUCACCAUUAGAGAAGCUGCUGUAGUGUUACAUGCUGUUCUCAUGUAAACUAGCUUUGAUGGCCACACUAUAUUAUUGUGUCUGGAACCCUAAAUGCUAUUGAAACCAUAUGAACUAUGUACAGUUCCCCUUAAGACUCAAAUGUGCACUUUGAACACAGUCUUGUUCAUUUCUUGAAGUGAUAUAAAAGUUGCUCAUAUUUAAUAUUGUACUGUUCCUCCGAAUCAUUCCCAUGAGUUGCCUAAAAGUAGAACUAUGUCACAUGACAUAUGUGGAUCAUAUGUGAAAACCUCAGUUGAAGAGUAUGUUACCAUGUGACGGGAUGAGUUGGAAGUUGUGUAUCCUGGGUGACACAUCAGUGCCCCUUUAUCUUGGUCAGCUUAAUGGAUUUUAGUGGUACUUUGGUUAUCUGUGUUGUGCUAUUAGCUAUAAUGGUUUAACACUGAAAUCUCCAUCGAUCUCCGCCCUCAUGUCGUUCCUGUCACCAUUCACUGGUUCUUACUUUCUGGCCAAGCUUCAAAGUCACAUUUACCAACGUAGGCAAGUUUCCGUGAGGGUUAAGGAACUUGGCCAUGAGAGGCGUGGCAUCAAGACUACCUCUGGUACAACGUCUUAAAUGUCAUGAAUGAAUUUCUGUCCUUAAGCAUAUGGUAUGUUAAGUAAUUAUAAGGAUUAUCAUUCCACUAAAAAACUGAAAACAAGAACUUGCAGUAAAGGAUUUUUAUUGAGAUGCAUCUAAAUCUAUGAGGUUUAUUGCACAACCUAUGAAACAGAUAAAAAUGAUGCACUUUCUGACAGAUUUAAAGCAUUGCCUGUUUGCCAGAUAGGAUGUUUUUGAAAUGGAUAUUGCUAAUGAUAAAGAUUAUGAUUCUGUUUUAUAGUUUCUGAAUCUACAAUUCAUAGAAAAAUUAAUUCCAGAUAAGGGUAACAUUUUUGGAUAAUUAUGUGCGAUUAAAGGGAAAUUAAAAUAUAAUUUUUUUUUAGUUUAUUUCCUUAUAUUUUUGUCAUAAAAAAGUUGCAUUACUCAUACUUAAUAAAUAUUUCAAAGUUGCUUAGAAGGGCUUUUUAAAAUUUUAUUAGUCAGACAGUGGAAAGCUGAUAGAAAAUGAAGUGGGCUAUCACACGUAACAAACGUCCCUGGUCAGCGUUGUAUAAAAAGAUUUAUUGUAACUUUACAUUAGAGCCCAUGUCGACUUCAGCCAUUAUAAGUUUAUAACAGAUAUAUUGGCAUCAGUGUAUUUAUUGGCCAAUAAGUAAGGAGGAAUUGUUUUGCUUAAACAACAAACCAAUUUAGAAACAGACAAAAUAAUUUAUCCUGCUCAGUGCAUAUCUUGGUCAGAACCAAAUUUAAGGGUUCAGUACGAAAAAUGUUUACGUUAUGUGUUUAUGUGCAAAAAUGUAUAUUAGCCGAUACAUCUUUAUCAAAUUUUAAAGAAUCCAUAUUGAUAUUGCUUCAGUAAUCUAAUAUCAGUCAGUCCAUACUUUAUAUACUGUAUGCUGAAGCAGUAGCAUAUGGAGCUAUCCAACAGAGGUAAUUCUUCCCUUUAUAUAGGAAAGAAUAGAAAGGCCACCUAUUGCUUAAAGUGAAGCUUCAAUAUAAUCUCAGAGGAAAUUAUUUAGAUUGAUGCUUUUGGAUUCAGUAGUAACCAGUAUACAGUAGUUACGUAGGUGAAGGAUGAAGUUAAUGUUGAAGCUUUGCAGCUUGGACAAAAUGACAUAACCAGAUUCACUCAGAUAUCCGUUCCAUUAACUGUUUGAUUCCCCAGUUGUAACGUUCGAAUACCACCUUUCCACUAGUCUCUCACACUGUCCCUUGUAUUUACAGCGCAUUCAGAAAUUUGCUAAAAAUUUGUAAAAUUCUGUUUUCACUUUGUCAUUAUGGGCUAUUAAGUGCAGAGUUAUGAGGGGAAAUAAUUUUAAAUGAUUAUGAGAUAAGGCUGCAACAUUACAAAAUGUGAAAAAAGUGAAAGGGGUCUGAAUACUUUCUGAAUGCACUGUAGUCACAACCAUGUUUUUAUCAUUUCAGAAGUGACUCAAAUAAACGAAAAUCAAACAAAAAAAGAAAAAACUGACUUCCUAACAGGGUGGAUGUUGACAGAUGAGCUUUAACGUUCAUGAACCUGUUACUGUUAAGGUUAAUAACUGUAUUAUUUUAAGAUUGAAAGCUUAAAAAAAAAAAAAGGAAAAGUGUACUUUUUCUUUUUUUCAGAGUCUGCCUUUUUUCCGCCAAGAAAAGGGCUGCUGAAGUUUCAAGAAUGUUUUCAAAAUGUAUAAAAGAUGCAAGAUUAUGAAUUAAUGUAUGAGGUUUGUCUCUGUUCUGUUUUAGAAGAUAGAUCACAUAUGGAAACGCUAUUUACCGGAUUCAAAUUGACGAGCAGGAAGGGAGGCAGUGUGUGUCAUGUUUGGUAUGGUGGCAUAUAGAUAUUUGACUAAUGGAGGCAUCGCAGGGAGAAAACCUGGAAUCACAGGUUUUCAGAUUUAGUUGGCAAACUUCUUAAAAACAGAAAUAAAGAGUCGGGUUGGUUUCCACUUUAGUUUGAAAUGCAAUACAUAUGACACCUGACACACACUGGUCAGCCCUGUCUACCGCUUACAGCCACCCCCAGUUAGACUAACAGUAACGAGACUUAGUCUUUCGGCAUGUGGUAGAAAGUAAUGUUCCGUAUUAGACAGCUCCUAUAUAGACACCUUGACAUACCUACCAACACAGGGCUGAAUUAAGGGAAGUCUUUGACCAAAUUAUUUGAUCAGUGUCAAUAACAUAGGAUAAAAUUAAUGAAAACAAUUUUGACCUAUUUUCACUCUUAAAAAGCGAAACACCUGAAAUGUAACUGGGAAAGAGUUAAUAAAAGAAAGUGUUGGUAGAUAUGCACCUGGAGCCCCUAGCUGUGUCUCCCACCUACAGAGGCCGGGUUAGCGUCACAGCACUGAAAAGUAGCUUUCUCUAGUUAGACCAGUAAAACAAACCAGUUAAACCAGUAAAGCAUUCCAUCCAUUAAAUCCUCGGAGGAGUGGGAAAUUAGAGCUUUGUGUUGAACCUUUACUUCUAUUUUUUAUUUUGAUCUCAUUUUUCUGUACUUUGGUCUGGGAAAUCAGCCAUGUGUCCAAAUCUGUCAAUAACAAGCAAAAAUAAUCUACUUUUCAGUGCUGUGGAGCAGAUCCACUGUAGUGGGCUGUAUUAUACUGUAGGACACAACACCAUAGCAAGAGCAUGCAGAUGACAACAAACAGACUGCUGGUUAUUAGAGGCAUUUGUCCUUUUAGAUAGAGCUCAUCUCCCCAAUUCUGAAUAUUUGGUAUGAAAGAGAUGUUCAUUGUGAUUAAUUGUUAACCCGUGAUGUGAAUAUUAAUCAAGAAAUAAAAUGAUGAGCAAAAGAUCA